AUGAAGGACAGCCAAAUGUCGAUCUGUGAUGAUACUGAGGACGCAAUAGACAUUAUUACAGCACCGGACUUUGAGCAAGCAGCUGUUAUUACAUCACCGGACUUUGUGCAAGCAGCUGUUAUUACAUCACCGGACUUUGUGGAAGCAGCUGUUCAGGUGGACACGCUUGAUUUGGAUAAACUUUUUAUCGGUCGUCGUAGAACUAUGUCUGUCCACUUUAAAACCGAUUCGGAGUUGAACUCCUGGACAGGGUUAGCUUCCCUCAAAAUGUUGGAUACCAUCGUUGAGGGCUUAUGUUUGUUGGCCGCGUAUAAGAAGCGAUCGCACUCUACCGUUCCUGUAGAAGAGGAAGUGUUUGUAGUGUUUGUGAAAAUGAAAACGAAUAUAUCGUUCUCUUGCAUGAGUGCUCUGUUUAACUUACAUUACCAGACUAUUUCUCAGGUGUUUUACCGGACAGUUCCAUUGUUGAAGAUGAUGUGCACUCCAUUAGUACCAUGGCCAACACAAGAAGAAGUUAAUCGCAAUAUGCCACACUAUUUCCGACCAUAUUAUACUGACGUUAUCGCUGUACUCGAUUGCACUGAAAUGCCAAUUAAAAAACCAAAAUGUCUCCACUGCAGGAUCAACGCAUAUUCGCAUUAUAAAGGACGUGAGACUGCGAAGUACUUGAUUGCAGUUACUCCAGGAGGAACAAUAUGCUAUAUAAGUCAUGGAUAUGGCGGGAAGGCUUCGGAUAAGCAAAUAGUUACUGCGGAAAAAUUGCUCGAAAAAUUUAAAAUUGGUGAAGCAGUGAUGACCGAUAAAGGUUUCAGCAUAGAUACUGAAUGUAAAGCCCUCGGAGUGAAGCUUGUGCGACCACCAUUUCUAACGGCUCCUCGAUAUCAGCUGAGUACAAUGGAUGCUCGUGUAAAUGUUUCUAUAGCCGCGUCAAGAGUACAUGUGGAACGAGCUAUACAACGCAUAAAAAUUUUCGAAAUAUUCAACAACAAAAUCGAUACACGUUUUCUUCCUAUAUUGGAUGAUUUAAUAUACAUUGCCUGUGGAAUUGUCAAUAUUUCGAAGCCAAUUCUGUCAAACGAACGAUUUUAG